GGUUGGGCCUCGGCGGCCGCCGUAACACUAACGCUCUGAUCCCCAUGGCAACAGCCAGAAGCGGCGGGAGGCUUCGGAGCUGUGCAGCCACCGCCGCCGAUUCGAGGAGUGCGGCACGGAAUCCGCAAACUGUGGCCGGGUCCUGGACUGACUGACCUGUCCUGCCUCAUGGACGUGAGUUCUAGGCCCCUUACUCUCUCUGGAGCGGCCCCCUCACCCUGACUUCGAGCCCGGACUGGAGAGGGGGCUCUUUACCCAGCAUAGACCCUUCCAGUUCAGGACAAGAGCUGUGAGAGAGUUCCAGGGAUGGACUUUCCACGGGAGGGCACAUUCCUGUUCUUCCUGGCAAGAUGAGGAGUUUGCCAAGUAAUCAAGGAGAAAAGCCAUCCCAGGCAUUGGAACAGCAUGGGCAGAGACUUGGUGGAAUCCUCUAGCCUGCUGAAUACAACCCCGGCUCCUGUCAGCAGUCCUUCCCUGCUGCUCCCCAUCCCUGCCAUCGUCUUCAUCGCUGUGGGCAUCUAUUUGAUGCUGCUCUGCCUAGUGCUACUGACUAGGCGCUGCCUGCUGGCCCAGAGCUGCUGCACAGACUGCAGCUCUCUCUGCAGGAAGCAAGGCGUCUCUAGGCCCCAGGACUGUUGCUGGACCUGUGUGGAAGCCUGCAACUUCCCUCUGCCUAGCCCAGCCAACUGCCUGGAUGCCUGCUGCCCCCAGCCCACUGAAGCUGAUUGGGCCCCUCCCUGCCCCCGCUGCUGCCCACUCUGCGACUGUGCCUGUGCGUGCCAGCUGCCUGACUGCCAGAGCCUCAAUUGUCUCUGCUUUGAGAUCAAGCUCCGAUGAGGACCCAGAGUCCCUGCCCUUUGGGGAGUGGCCAGCCCCCAGGGCCAACAUGUCUUCUUCCCUGAGGGGCCUCAGGACACCUUUCUCCAGGGCAUUGGAACUGCAAAUGGCCUGCCCAGCUCACCAGCCUGGGAACCAGCAAUGGAGAGCCUGGCUCCCUGCAGAGUAGACUCAGCCUUUGGCCAGCUGGUCUCAGCUCCUUUGUUGGGCCAAAAGAGAAAGAGGCUAGUGCUCUAGGAGGGCCUCUGCCUGCCUUUCCCCUCCCUAAGUAAACUGUUAUAUUUGAAGGUGAGGGUGGGGACACUGCUCACCACAGACAGCAUCAUGGACAAACUUGGGCUUUGAGUAUCAGGAUAUAGGGGUACCCCAGCCACACCCCAUCAACGGACUUUAGUUAUUUCCAGGUAUGAGUGGAGUGCCUGCAUCUACUCUCCGUCUAAAGAAAUGGGCUCCAGAGAAUCAACAGCCACAGCAAAGGCCGAGUUGGGAGGGAGGAUCAGAGGAAGAGGUAGAGAGGGCCAUAGAUCUGAGUACCUUUACCCCCCACUUCCGUCCCCACGAAUCCUUGUCCAAAUAUUUUUAUCCCUUGACUACUGUUUUGAGGGCCUCAGUCUGAAUUUCCAAGAAGAAAUUUCCUGAGGUACUGGUGAGUGGGCAGAGGGCCCUCCCUCUACUCCCAAAAUAGGGCAUCUUCCUUCACCUUCCUUCACUUUAGGCCCUACUCUGGAGUGAAUGUCAGGCGCUUCAAGUUUCCCUAAAUAUAGGUCCCUGCCAGGGGAUCUGCCUUGAGGAAAGGGCAGGGGUCACUGGAGAAGGCUGGGGACAUUGGUUGCGGGGAGGGCAGAAGCUGCCUUAUAACCCAGCCCUGGAGUGACCUGGAUCACUUGCUGCUGACCAGGCUUUGCCCGCUCCUUCAGCCUCCUCGCAGUGCCAAAUUUCGGCUGAGUCACGGCCCCCAAAGCGCGCCAGGCUGGGGGUAAAGGAAGACGGAGGGGAGGGUCCAGGCGACCUGCGGAAUGUGGCCUGAGUCACGUCCGAGUGUCGGGUGUGGAGGGUGACCAGGAGCGAUCGAGUUCUCGCUGCACUAUUCCCGCCCAAGCGCCGCCUCAGGGCUUCGCCUUUCGGGGGCGGCCUCUCCCACAGUUCCUCUUCUGCAAUUGGACGCUGGGGCGCCUUCGGCCCCCUGUAAGGGAAAAAAAUCUGGUGGAGGGUGGAGCGGUGCCUUUAUAAGGCCAGGCACCACUUCUCUCUUGCCCGCCCCCUGCGCCGCCUCUCCGGAGCACAAUAGGCAGCGUUCGUCCUGGAACGCGCCGCAGAACCGGGGUUCUGGUGACGACUGCCGCGUUCGGGCCCUCGGUCCACUCAACAGCCCGCUGCCCUCCACCGCUGAGCCCCGCACACCCGCCCCUCUCCCGUGCCAGG